GAGCGGAGCCUCGUCCCUCCGGAGCCUGCCGGUGCCUCCCGGUGCCUGAUCCCUCCCGGUGCCUCCUGCCGGGGGGGGGGGGGGGCACGGGGGGCCCCGCCAUGGAUCCCCGGUUCCCCAACGAGUCGCUGCAGGAGCUGCUCUGCCGCGCCGGGAACGGCACCGGGAGCGGUACCGGGAACGGCACCGGCACCGGGACUAACAGCUCCGCCUGCGACCUCCUCCGCAGGGGCCUCCGCGGGCCCCCGGCGCCCAGAGAGCUGGACGUGGCCGUGCGCGUGGUGCUGUACGCGCUCAUCUUCGUGCUGAGCGUCGGGGGCAACACGCUGGUGGUGGCCGUGCUGGCGCUGAACCGGCGGCUGCGCACCGUCACCAACUGCUUCCUGCUGUCCCUGGCGCUGAGCGACCUGCUCCUGGCGCUGUGCUGCAUGCCCUUCACCCUGCUGCCCGGCCUCAUGGGCGCCUUCGUCUUCGGCGAUGCCGUCUGCAAGCUCGUCGCCUACCUCAUGGGGGUGUCAGUGGCCGUGUCCACCUUCAGCCUGGUGGCCAUCGCCCUCGAGCGCUACAGUGCCAUCUGCAACCCGCUGCAGUCGCGCGCCUGGCAGACGCGGUCCCACGCCUGCCGCGUCAUCGCGGGCACCUGGGCGCUGGCGGCGCUGCUGAUGCUGCCCUACGCCGUGUACAGCACCACGCGCCCCACUGCCCCCCGCGCCCCCCGCCCGCCCCCCGCGCAGUGCACGCACCACUGGCCCAGCGAGCGCGUCCGGCAGGCCUGGUACGUCCUGCUGCUCCUCGUCCUCUUCUUCAUCCCGGGCGUGGUGAUGACGGUGGCGUAUGGGCUCAUCUCCCGCGAGCUCUACCGCGGCAUCCGCUUCGAGCUGCACGUCAAGGGGGAGGCGGCAGCCCAGCGUGGUGCCGUGGGGGACGCGGUGCCCAGCUGUGACGAGGGGGACGGGUGCUACCUGCAGCUGUCGCGCCCGGGCGCGGCACUGGAGCUGCGGGCGCUGGGGGUGGGCGCGCAGCAGGACCGGGCACGUGUCAACAGCUCGGGGGCCCAGCUGGCAGCCAAGCGGCGCGUGAUCCGCAUGCUGGUGGUCAUCGUGGCCAUGUUCUUCCUCUGCUGGCUGCCCAUCUUCGCCGCCAACACCUGGCGCGCCUUCGCCCCACGCGCGGCCCAGCGGGCGCUCUCGGGGACCCCCAUUGCCUUCAUCCACCUGCUGUCCUACACCUCGGCCUGCACCAACCCCCUCAUCUACUGCUUCAUGAACCGCCGCUUCCGCAAGGCCUUCGGGGCCACCUGUGCGGGCUGGGGGUGCCGCCGCACCUGCCCCCGCCGCCCCCCCAACGACGAGCCCCCCAUGGCCAGCGCCUCGCUCUCCAAGUUCAGCUACACCACUGUCAGCAGCCUGGGCCCCCCCUGAGCCAGACCCCUGAGCUGGACCCCUGAGCUGGACCCCCUUGAGCACCCUAACACGAGUGCCUUGGGCCCCCUACCCUGAGCCCCUACCCCAUGAGCCCGGUCCCCCUCAAGCCCCCCGUGGCCAGAGCCUCCCUCUCCAAGCUCAGCUACACCACUGUCAGCAGCCUGGACCCCCCUGAGCUGGACCCCCUCGAGCCAGACCCCCACCUCGCAACCCCCGGGUGCUGCCAGCACCCUCUGUGCCCCCCGCUGCCUCCCAGCUCAGGGCACCCCCAGCCCCCUGCUCUCCCGUGACCCCCUCACCCACCAGCCCCACUCAGCCCCAGUGCCCCCAGUCCCCGUCUGGAUGGGGGCAAAGGGCGAGGCAGGGGAACCCUCGGGGCUGGGCAGGCUGCGAGCGGGGGGAAGUCGAGGCGCCCACAGCCAGGGGUCCCCCUGCGCCGCUCCCCGGCUCCAGUCACAAUAAACUUGUCCUGUGCCCACCCGCGA